UAAAGCUUAUUUUUCAAAGAAAAUGGAUGAUCAUCGCUUAGGUGGAAAUCAAGAUCAUUUCUGAUGAAAAGAAGCUUGGCUGAGUUCGAGACAAUGGUUCGAAUUGUAUACAGUGUGUUUAAACAUGGAUGGCAUCAUUUAUUAAUGUUCGCUUUAUCGUAACAAUGCUAGGAUGGCUUUAGGAAAUUUUCAAAACAUUUUAGUUGCUUGGUUCUUAUGCUGUAGCAUUGGCCUUUGCUAUGGCACACCUGUAUUACUUUUCGCUACUAAUAAGGAUAUAAGAAUAGCUAAUGCCUCACGAUCAAAUAAAGUUAUUGUCAAAGAUUUAUCUGAAGGUGCUGCUCUGGAUUUUUAUUAUGAACGUGGUUUAGUGUGUUGGUCUGAUAGCGGUUUGGAAAUGAUACAAUGUAUCCAUUCAAAUGGUACAUAUACGGGUGAAAGAAUGAUUGUAGUAAAUUCUAGUUUAAUAUCUCCUGAUGGUUUGGCAUGUGAUUGGUUUACUGGUAAACUAUAUUGGACAGAUGGAGAAAAAAAUAGACUUGAAGUGACUAGUAUCGAUGGACUAUAUAGAAAAGUUCUUUUUUGGACUGAUAUUUAUCAGCCUCGUGCAGUUGCGCUUGCACCUAUGAAAAGUUUACUUUUUUGGACUGAUUGGGGAGAUGUACCAAAGAUAGAAAGAGCAUCAAUGAAUGGAGAUCCAUCUACUCGUGAAGUCAUUGUUUCCGAUGAUAUAUUCUGGCCAAAUGGACUUACAGUUGAUUAUGACAAUGAAUUAGUAUUUUGGGCAGAUGGUAGACUGAAAUUUAUUGCUGUUAUGGAUUAUUAUGGCAAAAAUAGGCGAAAGAUUGUCAGUCAAGGGCUAGAGUAUCCAUUUGCAGUUACGUAUUUUGAUAAUCGACUUUAUUGGACAGAUUGGAAAACAUGGUGUAUACAUGCACAUGAUGUUCGACAAAUGCAAGCGCAUCCUCGGGACUUAUUUCGUGGAGAAUAUAUACCAGGUGACAUAGAAGUUUGGGAUGCAAGAAGACAACCAUACGCAGAUCAUCCAUGCAGAUUAAAUAAUGGUAAUUGUUCUCAUCUAUGUUUGCUAAGCACAAAGGAUCCUGGAUAUACAUGUGCCUGUCCAACGGGUGUAAAACUUAUAGAUAAUUUUACUUGUGCUGAAAGACCGGAACAGUUGCUUCUCAUAGUUCAAAGAAAUGAGAUUUGUAAAAUAUCUCUUGAUUCUCCCGAUUACACUAACUUUGUUUUACCAUUGAGUGAUAUUAAACAUGCAAUUGCAGUAGAUUUUGAUCCAGUAGAUGAAAUGUUAUAUUGGACAGACGAAGAAGCUUUUGCCAUCAGAAGAGCUUAUCUUGAUGGAUCAGGUCAAGAAAAUGUUGUCACAGCAGAAGUAGCUAAUCCAGAUGGAAUUGCUAUUGAUUGGUUAGCACGUAACUUGUAUUGGACUGAUACAGGUACUGAUAGAAUUCAAGUUGCCCGUUUAAAUGGUACUAGCCGAAAAGUUCUUAUUAAUGAAGAUCUGGUAGAACCUAGAGCUAUAGCUGUAGCUCCUGAACUUGGAUGGAUGUUCUGGACUGACUGGAAUGAAAAACGACCAAAGAUAGAACGCAGUAAUUUGGAUGGUACUGACAGAAUAAUUUUAAUUACAAAAGAUGUUGUUUGGCCAAAUGGUAUUGCAUUAGAUUAUGAAAGAAAAAAAUUUUAUUGGUGUGAUGCUAAAACAGACAAAAUAGAAGUUUGCAAUAUGAAUGGUACUGAUAGGCGUGAAGUUAUUACUGAUAACUUGCCUCAUCUAUUUGGCCUUAGUUUAAUGGGUGAUUACCUUUAUUGGACCGACUGGCAACGACGUAGUAUCGAUAGAGCUCAUAAGCUUACUGGUGGUGAAAGAGAAGUUAUCGUUGAACAAGUUCCAAAUGUAAUGGGAUUGAAAGCUAUACAUCUUGGCCAAAUAAAAGGUACAAGUCCUUGUGCCUAUAACAAUGGUGGUUGUAGUCACUUAUGUUUAAAUAGACCUGAUAAAUAUGUAUGUGCUUGUCAAAUUGGAUAUGAACUUACAAAAGAUAAACGUACAUGUGUGAUACCAGAUGCUUUUUUAUUGUUUGCAAAAAAAGAAAAUAUUGGUCGUGUUAGUAUCGAAAAUGCUAAUAAUGAUAAUAUUAUACCUGUUACAGGUGUUAAAGAUGCAAGCUCUCUUGAUUUUGAUUUGAAAGACAACCGUAUUUAUUGGACAGAUGUAAAAGUAAAAGCUAUAACUCGUGCUUUUAUGAAUGGUUCUGAUGUUGAAAAAGUUGUAGAUCUUGGAUUAGAAGCUCCAGUAAGUUUAGCUAUUGAUUGGAUUACCCAUAAUUUAUAUUGGAGUGAUACUGGUACACACAGGAUUGAGAUGAUACGGUUACAAGGAUGUAGUAGACGAGUACUUAUAUGGCAAGACAUAAUCGAACCUGCAUCUUUGGCACUUGAUCCUGAAAGAGGCCACAUGUAUUGGGCUGAUUGGGGUAAUUCUGGCAGUAUUGAACGUGCAAGAUUAGACGGGUCUAAUCGUCAAGUAAUAUUAGAAUUCAUUGGUCGAGCUAAUGGCCUUACCAUAGAUCAUGCAGCUCGUAAACUUUAUUGGGCAGAUUUAUCCACACCAGCAAUUGACAGUUAUGAUUUACAAGCAAGAAGGAGGAAGUCUAUUAUUACAAAAGACAUAGUAUACCCAUUUAGUAUUACUCAAUAUCAGAAUUACAUUUAUUGGACCGAUUGGAAUACUGGUGAUAUUGAAAGAGCAGACAAAAAGACAGGAGCUAACAGAACUAAAAUACACAAUAAAUUAGAAUCAGUGACAGAUCUGAUAGUCUUCCAUGCUUCAAGACAGUCAGGACGGAAUCCAUGUGCAGUUAAUAAUGGGGACUGCAGCCAUAUUUGUUUCGCUUUUCCAGGAGAAGGUGGUACCCCAUCAACUUCAUACCAAUGUUCUUGUCCUACACACUAUAAUCUUGAUGUUGAUAAUAAAACUUGUAUUGCACCAAAAAAUUUUAUGAUAUACAGCCAACGUAACAUAAUGGGUCGCCUUUUGCCGGAUACUACGGAUUGUCCUGAUAUAGUAAUGCGCGUGCAAGGAUUAAAAAAUGUUCGUUCUAUAGAAUUUGAUCCAAUUACACAACAGGUGUAUUGGAUAGACGGGCGCACUUUAUCUAUAAGAAAAAGUCUUGAUAACAGAACUCAUGCUAGUGUAGUUAUAUCUGGUGGAUUUGGACAUCCAUUUGAUCUAGCAUUAGAUCCACUUGGAAGAUUACUCUUUUGGUCUUGUGCUGCGAAUGAUGCAAUUAAUGUUACUAAAUUGGAUAAUGGAUCUGCCUUGGGAGUGGUUGUAAAGGGCGAAGGAGAAAAACCAAGAUAUAUAGCUAUACACCCAGAUCGAAGACUUUUAUUUUGGAUAGAUAUGGGAGACAAAAUAAAAUUGCUACAAAGUAAAAUGGAUGGAAAACAAAGAGUGAUAAUAACAUCUGAUCUCGAACAACCGAGUAGUUUAACAGUUGACACUGUAGCAAAUCUUGUAUAUUGGACCAAUGGUAAACAUAUUGAAUUUUCUGAUUUUAAUGGUAAUAAUAAAAGAAUAUUAGUAUCAACUGGAAUAGGUGUAGCUACUCAUAUGUCUGUUCUAUAUGAUUACCUUUAUUGGUUUGAUCGUGAAACACAAUCAUUAGAAAGAGCAAAUAAAAGAUCAGGCAAUGGAAGAAAGGUUAUUAUGUAUCGUGCCCUAUCCGAUUUAAUAACUGUCAUAACACCAGAUGAUCAAGAGAUGGAAUCACACAUUUGCAGUCCUUUCCUCGAUUAUGGCGGUUGUUCACAUUUUUGUAUUGGUACAAUUUCACCGAUAUGUUCUUGUCCUGAAUACUUAGUUUUGUCCGAAGAUGGGCGUACAUGUAGAGCAGCACCUACGUGUGGUGAUGAUCAUUUUACAUGUGCUACUUCAAGCUCUAAACUCGAUAAAGAUUGUAUUCCAGCUGCUUGGAAAUGUGAUGGUCAAAGGGAUUGUUCUGAUGGAAGUGAUGAAUUGGGUUGUCCAGCAUGUGAUCAUAAUCAAUUUAGAUGUCAAAGUGGUCACUGCAUUGAUAUUUCGUGGGUAUGUGACGGUACACAACAUUGUCAUGAUGGUUUCGAUGAAGCACAUUGCUGUAGAUCGGGACAAUUUCAAUGUAUCGGAAGUGGCGUAUGCAUUCCUGAAGCUGCACUUUGUAAUGGUUGGGAUGAUUGUGCAGAUGGAAGUGAUGAAAUGCCUCAAACAUGUACGCCUACUACCGAUCAAAGCCAAUUUCCUGGUUCUGGAACAGAAUCAGCCAAAAGUCCAUAUAUUAUUACAAUAGUUAUAAUGAUGGCUGCAAUUAUUGCCAUAGUUUUAGGCUUAUGUUAUUAUCGUAAAAAGUUCGGUAGUAAUGAAGAUGUACCAAAUAUUUUACAUGAUUCUGCUGGUGAUCCACUUUCACCUAAACCAAAUAGAGUUGUUAAGCCAAUAUUAGCACACAAAAAUGGUAGAAAAGAUCUUAAAUCUGAUGUAGAAAAUGUAAGAAUGUCUGCAUUAAAUGGAAGCAGCAUUGGAUCUAGUUAUGAUCGUAGUCAUAUAACGGGUGCAUCUAGUUCAACCAGGGGCAGCUCCACUGGUGGAUAUCCUCAAGAAACGCUUAAUCCUCCACCUAGUCCAGCCACAACAGCAAAUUCUACAAGAUGUUCAAGCAGUAAUGCUUCUAGACAUAAACCAUAUAGAUAUUACAGAAGUAUAAAUCAACCACCACCUCCAACUCCCUGCAGUACUGAUGUUUGUGAUGAGUCAGAUAGUAACUACCCAGCUCGGUAUCGUUACGAAAGUGAGCCAUUUCCUCCACCUCCUACACCAAGAUCCAUUUAUCAUAGCGAUGCAGCUAUGAGUUGUCCACCAUCACCAAGUUCUCGAUCAUCUACAUAUUUCAGUCCAUUACCACCACCACCAUCGCCGGUUCCAUAAGGUAUGUUAUAACAAGUAUAAUGUAGAGCAUAUGUGAGGUAAAUAUGGAUGAAUAUUUUUAAUUUGUCAUAUAAUUAUAAAUACAUUUAGGAACAUAUCUUAUUUUUUUAGAGUAAAACAAACAAUCGGCAGCUAACUAUUUUAUUAGAUUAUUAACGUAAUACAUCCACCUAUACCUCAUUUUUGUGCUCUCUCAUUUUUUUUAUGUUACUUUUAUACGAAUUCUUUUACGUAUUUUAGGAUAAGUUUUUUAGUUAAAGAUUAAAGAUUAUAAAAAUAAUAACAGUUGCAUACACAGUAUAUUUUCUAAAGUAGAAAUUGUAGACAUAUUUGUCGUUUAUACUAGAGGCGUGCAAAGUUAACACAUUGCCAAUUACUUUUUAUUUAUGUUCAACGGAUAUUGUUUUAUCAUAUUAGCACUCUCCAGCAUGAGUUCAUUGUUGUUACGUUAAAAAUAUUAAAGAGAGGCAAACAUACUUGAGUGAGAAUAAUUAAACUCUUACACUGGAAAUAUGCGCUAUGGGCGUCGAUUAUUGUGUUUAUUGCUAAAAUCUGAAGCAUUACUAAAUGUUUUAUUAUUUAUUUUCAAUAUUUAAUAAAAGAUUCAAAUAAUACUGCAUCAGCCCAAUUAUUUUCCAGUGGAAAAAGUUAAAUAAAUAACAGUAGUAGAAGAAUAAUUUCUCUUUUGAGAAAAAGUUUGCAUGUCUCUGGUUUACACAAUAUUGAAUACUAUUCUAUAUAGAUUCUAUAAAUACCAAUUUCAGGUAUUCUUUUAUAUAAAUAAUAUGAUUAAAUUAUAUUUUAUACCAAAUGUUACAUUUCUCUAAAAAGUGUGGUACAUAUAUGUGAUGCAACACAUAUAUUAUAUGUGUACAUAUUUGGUUUAUUUAAAAAGUCUAAAUAUGUUUUUCAAUGAUUAGCAUAUAAACCUAU